AUGAAGCGGCGUCGGUGGCGCUGCGCCCUGGGCUUGGCGCUCUACACGCUGCUGCUCCUGCUGCUGGUCCCCUACGUGCUGGACUCGGCCGGCAGGGGGCGCGCGAGCGAGGGAGAGGCGCCGCCGGCGCCGCGCCGCCGCUGCCCCGGCCUCCAGGGGGCGCUCGGCGAGUGGAGCUGGGCCGAGGAGCCGCCGCCGCCGCCGUCGGGGGGAGCCGCGCGGGGUCCGCCGUCGGGCAACGGGACCGGGGCGGCGCCGGGCAGCCUGGCGGGCGGCAAGCGGCACAUCUACGUGCACGCCACGUGGCGCACGGGCUCGUCGUUCGUGGGCGAGCUCUUCAACCAGCACCCCGACGUGUUCUACCUGUACGAGCCGGCGUGGCACGUGUGGCAGGCGCUGUACCCCGGGGACGCGCGCAGCCUGCAGGGGGCGCUGCGCGACCUGCUGCGCUCGCUGUUCCGCUGCGACUUCUCGGCGCUGCGCCUGUACGCCCCCUCGGCGGCGGCCGCCCUCCGCCCGCCGGCGCCGGGCCUCCCCCGGCCGCCCGUCCCCCGGGGCAACCUGAGCACGGCCAGCCUCUUCGGCUGGCGCACCAACAAGGUGAUCUGCUCGGCGCCGCUGUGCCCGGCCGCCGCCCGCCCGCGGGGCGAGGUGGGGCUGGUGGACGGCGCGGCCUGCGAGCGGAGCUGCCCGCCGCGGGCCCUGCGCGACCUGGAGGCCGAGUGCCGCAAGUACCCGGUGGUGGUGAUCAAGGACGUGCGGCUGCUGGAGCUGGGCGCGCUGCUGCCGCUGCUGCGCGACCCGGAGCUCGACGUGCGCGUGCUGCAGCUCUUCCGCGACCCGCGCGCCGUCCACAACUCCCGCCUCAAGGCCCGGCAGGCGCUGCUGCGCGAGAGCGUGCAGGUGCUGCGCGGCGGGGGCCGCCCCCCCGCGCCCCCCCGACGGCCGCAGCAGCGCGCCGAGGCCUUCCUGGCGGGCGCCCUCGAGGUCAUCUGCCAGGCCUGGCGGCGCGACCUGCUCCUGGCCCGCCGCGCCCCGCCCGCCCUGCGCGCCCGCUACGCCCAGCUGCGCUACGAGGACCUGGUGCGCGAGCCGCGCGCCCAGCUGCGCCGCCUGCUGCGCUUCGCCGGCCUGCGCGCCCCGCCCGCCCUGCAGGCCUUCGCCCUCGACAUGACCCGCGGCGCCGCCCACGACCCCCGCCGGCCCUUCCUCGUCUCCGCCCGCGACGCGAACCACGCCGUCCGCGCCUGGCGGGAGCGCCUCAGCCGCCAGCAGGUGCGCCAGGUGGAGGAGGCCUGCGGGGACGCCAUGCAGCUCCUCGCCUACCCGCUCAGCGACGACGGCGACGCCAGGGGGCGCCCCAGCGCUCCCCCUCACCCAGGCUAACAAACCAGCAGCUGAUUUGUAACAGGAUACAGACAAGGAAGUAUGCAUUGCAUACACAGUGGAAAUGGCAGCGGACAGCAACUUCUACUGUAGAUU